AUGUCGCGGCCCAGAUCCGAUUCUGUAGCGUCGGCGAACUCCCCGGUCCGAACCCGCCGCGACUCUAUCAACUCGAUUGCUACAGGGCAACUUGCAGAUACACUUGACAGGAUACACAACUCUGCAAGCCAGUGUGACUCCCUCACUACCUUCAACGAUUUCGCACCACCUCCGACGGCCGCUCCAACCUCAGAGAAUAGAGGAAUAACUGGCGAUCUGGUCCAACAAGGAUUCAGCGGCCUCUAUAGUCGACUGAGGGAAGCUGUAGGUGCUGGAGGGCCUUCAAAAUCGCCCCAAGAGCAAUCGCCUGGAGAAAGAUCUGAGCCAUCCUCCAAAAGGACCUCUAUCGUGGGGAACCAUGGCUCGAAAGCCUCUAUCAGCUCCCUAACUCGAGUGGACACAGGCGCCUCCUUGUCUACUACCUCAUCUCAAGUCCUCCUUAAUGAUGCAUCUUCAGUACAUACAAGUGGUGGCAUUGUUGAAGCUCGACCACAACCAGGCUCGUCCAAACCAUCAAGCAUUAGCCUUAUGUCCAACCAGAAAUCCAACCCCACAAACCGUCAAAGUUUCUCCAAAAAGGCUCCCAGCUCUAUCGCCGCCGACCCCACGAUUGCUCCUAUCACAGUACAUAGGGAUCCCAGCCAUACCAGCAUCCGCACUGAGGAAAGUAAUGGUGUCAGUUCAAGUCGGAAAAGCAUCAGCAGUCGAGCCGAUUUGCAAGCGCAUCUAUCUACGGUGGAAUCUUCGGCCAGUCUGUAUGACAUGAAAGAUGGCAAACUCCCGCCAAGAUCCAAGCGCGAAGAUACCUCGAGCAUCGACGAAAGCCUCAAAAGCCCGACAAGUCCCAGGACCACACAUCAUCACCGUGCACCCUCACUGCAGACCCGAAGUUUACGUAGCGCUUCUGUGACUUCAUCCUUGCUAUCUCCGGACAGCGUGAGAAGAAAGCCUGCUGUUAUCGACCGGAUCAGUCGGUCGAAGUCUCCUGGGGGCCAGAAUUCAAGAGAGUCGUCACUGGAUAGAGGAACUGCAGAGCCUAGCCACGUCAGCACCUCUGCCCACGACUCCGUUUGCCAUGAUUCCUUCUCCCAGAAUCCGAAGCCACAAAAGAUGGCUUCAGGUGACUUCAGAAUACCUGGCACCAUUACGAGCAAUGAGGAAGCUUCUGAGCAGGUGAAUGCGCAACUCACGCGGAUGCGAAAACAAGUGCUAAGCAAGGAAUUCUGGAUGAAGGACGACACUGUCAAGGAAUGCUUUCUCUGCCAGACACCUUUCAGCGCCUUCAGAAGAAAGCACCAUUGCCGGACCUGUGGCUGCAUCUUUGAUUCAAAGUGCACCACAGUAAUAUCGGGAGAGAAGUUCGGCGUACAGGGCUCGUUGCGCGUUUGUAAACGAUGUCUUGAAGUCAUCACCAGACGUUUCGAUGGGAGCGGCUCAGAAGAUUCUGGAGACGAGCAGUCGUUCAUGCCAAGAUUCUUCGGGGCAAACCACGGUAAAAGUCCCAGCAACGCGAGCCAGUCUAAGCCGAGAGACAAUGAAUCAGGGAUUGCCUCAGAAGGAUCAGAAGACUCGAGACCAGUGUCAAGACCCUUGACGACACCCAUGAUGGCCAUACCUGCAACUCGUCGCCUUGGAGAAUCCCGCGCUGCGGCUAUUCUUGAGAUUGAUGCACCACAAUUAAGCAGGCCUGGCUCUUCGCGGUCUCUGAAAUCCUUGAGCGCAAGGCCACACUCCUCUGCGGGCCACAAACGGCACCACUCCAAGCAUAGCGGCUUCCUGAACCGUUUCAAGCCUGCGCCGGAAGAGAGAGCACCAUUUCGACGUGGAAUCGAUGACGAAAGUAAUAAGAAACCCAAGUUUCCAGCUUUCCACGACGAUAAUAUCAUUGACCCCGAGCUGGCCGACUAUAUGUCUGACGAAUCGACCGAAGAUGAGCAGAUGAGCCUCUUUACAACAAUGACUGGCGACCUGCAGCCAGGAAGCCUUGGUGAUGAUAAGUCAGAGCUCACUCCAUACGUAAAUGCCAAUAGAAAAUAUCGCCAUAGGGCGGGCGAAAAGAGCAUUAGUGGUAUGAGCAUGGUGAGCAGGACUGGAAUUGAUGAGCUGCCUGGUAGUCUUGGUGCGUAUCGUCGACCGCCAAGGCGACGGAACACUAGCAAUGUUGGUGGCAGCAUGCAUCAUAUGCCUUCGCCACGUCCAAAAUCCGGUAUAUACAAAGGGCCUUCGCAGUCAUCAGAAAUGCUCUUUGCGUUGGAUACGCCUCACCACAGUGCGAGCCAGAUCACUAGAAGUGACUCUUUACAGCACAAGAAGGCCCCCAAAGUCGAGCUCAACUCGUCUAGUCUAAGACAUGUCGACAAACUUCUACAUCAACUUCUCGUCGAUGCAGAAAUUUCAAACCCUCCUGCGUGGCAGAAGGCCCUGGUUCCCAUUCUCUUGCGGGCAACAGAUGACGUCGACCCCGACGUUGCAAAGGGAGAAGAUAUGGAUAUUCGACACUAUGUCAAGUUGAAGAGAAUUCCAGGGGGUAAACCUGGUGACACAGCUUACAUCUCAGGUGUGGUUUUCACCAAGAACUUGGCACUGAAAAGCAUGCCACGCAGAAUUACCAACCCUCGGGUAAUGCUUGUCACAUUUGCCAUUGAGUAUCAGCGACAUCAACAGCAUUUUAUGAGCUUGCAACCAGUCAUCGAGCAAGAAAAGGAAUUUCUACGAGUUGUGGUUCAAAGGAUCACAAACCUCCGUCCGCAGGUGCUGCUUGCUGAAAAGAGCAUCUCUGGCGUAGCAUUGCAAUAUCUUUCUGAUGCGAACAUUUCAGUAGCCUACAAUGUUAAGCACACAGUCAUUGAGGCAGUUGCGCGAUGUGCCGAGACAGACAUUAUCUCGUCUCUUGACAUGCUGGCCUUGCCUGUCCAGAUUGGACGUUGCGCAAGUUUCGAAGUCAGGACAUUUGUGAACAACGACUAUCCAGGCCGCAAAAAGUCGUACAUCUUCUUGUCCGGUUGCACACCGGAGCUUGGUUGUACUAUAGCACUGAGAGGUACUAACAGCACAGUACUCUCAAAAGUGAAGCACAUCAUGGAGUUCAUGGUUUAUGUCGUCUACAACCUGAAGCUUGAGUCGAGCCUUCUGAGGGAUGAGUCGAUAGAGCUACCAGAAGGCGGCGAUUCUAUGGCAAACUCUCUUCAUCUUGCUGGUGAUAGCAUAAGAUCUCAGAGCGCCAACAGCGUCGACCACUCGAGAGACGGCCCCGCAGUUGUGGUUAAUCACCCUCCUAGCGAAAGCGAACAGCCUUCACAAACCACCGUGGACAGCUCUAGCAUUGCCGAGACUGACGACGCAGGUUCCAUGAACCAGUCGGGCCAGCUGACUCAGGAACGUACACGUCUGAUGUCCCUCCAGGAACAGCAAACCCCCGCCGCUCAGGAUCAGACAAGUCAAGUUCCAGAUGACAUCCCCAUGCCAACUUACUACAGUGAUAUGGUAGCGAAGUACGAAACCAAGAUCCUCUCCGCUUCACCGUACGUCAAAUUCACGCAACCCUAUCUUCUGAUGAAGACGCGUGAGCAGGAGAGGAGAUUGCUCUACCUGCGCAGGCUCCGUAAUCACGAUUACGAUGAUGAGAAAGGUGACCCAGAGAAGGCAGACCCUCCGCGAUUCCAGCUCAUAAAACCCGAAAUGGUCGAAGCAAUUGGCCAAAAGGCACCCCGACAGAUCAUGGAAAUUCUUCGAGCUGUUCACGAUGCCGAGUACGAUAAGGCCUUGUACAAUUAUCAAACGCAGACCCGGCAAUGGGAGACAUAUAUCCAGGGCAACAUAGAUCUCUUUGACCCAUAUUCCCAUCAAAAUAUUGUUGUCCUUUAUUCCGUCAUUUGCACGGAGACAAAAAUCCCUUGUACAGAGCCAUCUCUUGUGGCCAUCAACUUCUACGACGAGCAACACAUUGACACUGGUAUGGAUCCUGAUUGCACGUUGGGUCAGUACAUCGAAGACCUCGCAUACACCAUGAGUCAGGUUUGCACGUCGAACGGUUGCGAGCGGAGGAUGUUAGAACACCACAGAACCUAUGUGCAUGACGAAUCUCGAAUUACCGUGUUUGUCGAAAACCUGCCAAACAACUCCGCUCUGGCUGACUAUGAUGGCAUCACGAUGUGGACUUACUGCAAAAUUUGCAAGAAGGAUACUCAGGAGAGAGCCAUGUCGGAAGCGACGUUCAAAUACUCGUUUGGGAAAUACCUGGAGCUGCUCUUCUGGGGACAUGGACUGAAAAUGAAAGACAUGCAUGAUUGUCCCCAUGAUCAUCGCCGGGAUCACGUCCGGUAUUUCAGUCUACAGGACGCGCGGAUCCGUAUCCAUUGGGAUCCCAUCGAUCUGUUGGAAAUUGUUGUACCCCGUGCAAGAAUUACAUGGAAGGUGACCAAUGACCUCAAGCUCAAGAAUGAGAUUUUCGCUAGAAUGGAGGAGCGGUGGGCCAAAUUUAUGGCUUCUGUCCGGUCGAGACUUUUGUGUAUCCGAAUCGACAGUGUCUUGCCUGACAAGGCAGAUCUAUGCAAGUCUGAAGUCGACCGUUUAACAGCCAAAGCGAAAGAAGACCUGCCAACCAUUGUGAAGAGGCUGCAGGAUAUCUACGUCAAUUCGAAGUAUUACGAAGUGGUGCCCUUCAACAGUAUUGUUCGAGAGAUGCUUGAGAAAGCCGGCGAAUGGGAUCAGGCUUUUACCAAAUUCGAAGCAGACUUCCUGAGCGACAAGGAUAUGCGCCAGUUGACGAUUAUGCAGCUGAAGAAGAUGUUUACAGACAAUGAGUCAAAAGAAUCACUCGCAUCGAAUGAAGGCACACCAUCAACUGUUGAUAGCGACGAGCGGCCGUCUCAGACUUUCACCGAAGAGGAAGGGAAGAGUACCCAGCCCACGGACUACACCGACAAUACCAGUAUGGAGGCUAGUGUCGCUUCAUCAAAACCUGUCGAUGAUAGAGAUGUUCCUGAUGAGGAUGGAAAAGUCGAAAUUCCUGCCGACGGGGCUAUCGAGCGAGUUGAACCACUGGAUUUGGCUUGCACGCCUUCCACACCGAUCCAUGCCUCUCCUGAGUUUUCAGAAACUGACCAGGUCACGGAAGUCCCAGAAGAUCAAGAGACGCCUAUUGCUGACCCCGAAUCCACGCCAAAGGCAUCGGAUGCGGCCUUCGAUGUGGCUCCUAUUGAUCCUGCUGAACCACUUCCCUCACCUCUUGAGGCCCUUCCUUCACCUGCGCCAUCGUUGACAGAAAGGGUAGACCAAAUGCGACGCGAGCAAUCUUAUCAAUCAGGUCAACAUGGAAUACCAACUGCCACCGCCGAGCGUGGAGCUGCUCGCAAAUCCGGACAGGCGGUUUCGCCUCCUAUCGUGAGAGCGACUUCGCACCCUACUCGUGCACUGCCUAGAACGCAGUCGGGAAUUGGCAAGGGCCUUGGGAUCAAAGAGUCCAAGACAAAUCCUCCUGAAAAUGCAGGGUCCGAGACAACUACACCCGAAGGUUCGAUCAGAGUGGAUAAGAAGCUCUCAGAUCGCUUAGGGUUGAGAAAUCUGAAAGACAGAGGCAAAGCGACUGCUUCAGGAAUCCCGCGAUUCGUCCAUAAGAAGAGAGAGUCAAAGGUUUCGACACUAGCAAGGCACUUUGAGCAACUCAGUCGUGAAUUUGAGAAGGAGCGUAUCCGAGAUCGCAAGAAGCGUGCCGCAAGCAUGCGCCAGCCUCGGGCUAUGCUACCUAGAACCACAACUAAAGCCAUUGUCGAGGUUUAUGAUGAUGUGAAUGACGCCUUCGAAGAGCCGAGCCCCCCAGCAGAGAGUGUAGCUGAGCGUGAGGCUAGCAAACGUGCCAGCAGCGUCGCUUCCCGAAAGUCUGAUUCGCAGCAAAAGUCAGAGUCUCUUGCUGAGCCACUGACUCCCGCGGAACCAUCUGCAGGCUUAGAGGAACAACAACAUGGGAACCAGGACCAACAAUCAGAGGAAGAAGACCAAUGCGAAGAGAACGAAGGGAAGGAGGAGCAUGAAGGAAAGGACGACAAAGCCGAAAGAGCAGAGAAAGAGGAAAAUGAUGACAACACUAUCGCGAACACCAGCCAGACAUUCUCGGAUGACGAAGAACGAAUCACUGAUCUUGAACACUCGGUGCCGGACGAAUAUCUGCACGACAUCAAAGAGAUUGCCGAUUCAGUGGACGCAAGCGAAAUCCCAUUGGAGCUGCCCAAACAUCAGAAGACUAGCUUGAUGAAAUAUCUCACCAACUUUUGGGCUGAACGUGGUGCAAGCGGUUGGCACCAGCUUGAAUACCCUGUCAACCCUAGCGACCAUAUCUUUGCCGAUUCAGACAUCAUAGUGCGAGAAGAUGAGCCUAGCUCAGUUAUCGCGCUUGCUCUGAACAGCGAAGAUUACAAAGGCAAGUUGGGCAACAUUCGACGAGAAGCGCAGGAGGUUAUGCAGCGGGAGGUUGGUGGUGGCAGUGAUGUAGAACCCAAAUCCCUUCCUUCAGACGGUACCGACUGGAUGGUAUCCGAGACUGAGUUGGAAAAGAGUCUGCUCCGUGUCACAGGCACUCAUCUCAAGUACCAAUUCCGAGAGGGCAGUGCAACGAUGACUUGUAAGAUCUUCUAUGCAGAGCAGUUUGAUGCACUCAGGAGGAAGUGCGGCGUCGCAGAACGCAUUGUCGAGUCACUCUCACGAUGUCUAAAGUGGGAUUCCAAGGGUGGCAAGACCAAGUCUGUGUUCUUGAAGACGCUGGAUGAUCGGCUCAUUUUGAAGUCACUCUCGCCCAUCGAGACAUCUGCUUUCCUACGAUUUGCUCCUGGUUACUUCAACAUCAUGGCAGAGGCACUAUUUCAUGACCUCCCAUCCGUGAUUGCCAAAAUGUUGGGAUUCUUCCAAGUGCUCAUCAAGAACCCCGUCACAGGAACUGAUAUCAAGUUGGAUCUUCUCAUCACCGAGAAUCUUUUCUACGAUCGUUCAGCGACUCGAAUCUUCGAUCUUAAGGGUUCCAUGCGUAACCGUAAGAUCCAGUCAACCGGAGAGCAGAAUGAGGUUCUUCUCGACGAGAACAUGGUUGAGUACAUUUAUGAGUCACCUCUCUUCGCGAGAGAGCAUUCCAAGAAGUUACUCCGUGCUUCAGUGUGGAACGACACACUGUUCCUUGCAAGGCAGAAUGUGAUGGACUAUUCUCUCAUGAUCGCCGUUGACGAGGCUCGUAAGGAACUUGUGGUCGGUAUUAUUGAUUGCAUUCGUACAUACACCUGGGACAAGAAACUCGAGAGUUGGAUAAAGGAUCGUGGAUUCGCAGGCGGUGGUCGUAAUCGACCUACUGUGACAAGUCCCAAGGAAUACAAGUCUCGUUUCAGAGAGGCUAUGGCAAGAUACAUCUUGCAGGCGCCUAACUGCUGGCAUCUGUUUAACAACCCUCAGUAUCCGCAUUACUAUGGCCGCGCUAGGUUCGAAGAGGCCGAGAUGCUUCGCUGA